GAAAUGGAAAGAAAGCCUGAAAUGGAAAGAAAGCCUGAAAUGAAAAAGAUAAACUUACCAGAAACUUACCAGAAACCAACCAAUAUCACGUGACCAGCAAAAAAAAAACAAAAUGGAUCAUGCUAAUAAGCCAAUUCGAGAGAAAGAACAACAAGGGAUAUCAGACCAGUGUAAUGGCUAUCAUGUGAAGGCACCCAGCAACCAUCUAGUAACUCGUUUGAUCAGCAGCUUUUCUGCUUUUCCCAGCCCAAUCAUUGCCUUCGAUUUUCGUUAGUGGUAGAGGUGACUCUUCGUGGUAAGAACAG